AUGGAUUAUCUGGUUCGGUUUGCCCAACUCCAUGAGACCUUCCGACGGCCGGAACUCGAAGCCUGUGCCACACUCGCGGGUGUUAGCAUCGAAAUCAUCGCCUACAAUGAAUAUUCACCAUACUGUGUCGUAAGACUACCAAAUGAAGCUGCGGCACGGGCAGUUGCCAAGCGAAGUAUCCUGGUCAAGGAUAUCUUCGAGCUAUGGGGUGAAGGCACCAAUUAUGAAGAGCUACAUGCAGAUGUCCGUCGACGAACCCAUGGUCGUUGGAACGACUACAUCGCUGUCCCGUUCAAAUUCACGAUUGACUACUUCGCAGGAACGCGCAACACAGUUCAGAAGGGAGAAAUCAUUCGAUCCUUUUCAUAUAUGGGGUUCAAAGGCCCAAUCCGGCUAUCAAACCCCGAUGAGGAGUUUUUCGUGAUGGAAGAGUACGUCGACGAUGUUGAAGUCUCUAUACUGGGCACGACGCGCACAGGAGAUCCGCGGAAGAUUUACCUUAGUCGCAAGAUUGCCGAUAGCUGUCGCGAAGCCGUGCUUAAAUACGACCUCAAGAAGCGUCGUUAUAUUAGCACGACUUCCAUGGAUGCGGAGUUGAGUCUUAUUACGGCGAAUAUGGCUCUUGCAGCACCGGGGAAAUUGUUCUUCGAUCCGUUUGUCGGAACUGGAAGUUUCAUAGUUGCUGCUUCGCAUUUCGGGGCUCUGACUCUGGGUGCAGACAUUGAUGGCCGUAGCUUCCGUGGCAAAGAGAGCGGAAAAUUGGGCAUAUACGAGAAUUUUGACCAAUAUGGGAUCAAGAGCAAAUUCUUGGAUACGUUCACUUCCGAUCUUACCAACACGCCACUGCAGAGAACCGCCGUUCUUGAUGGCAUUGUCUGCGAUCCGCCAUACGGUGUGCGUGAAGGACUUCGGGUUCUGGGAAAUCGUAGGGGAAAACCUGCGGUCAAUGUGAUCAUUGAUGGUAUUCCUGCUUAUCUUCGACCUGGUUUCAUUCCUCCCAAAAAGCCUUAUGGCUUCGAGGCUCUGCAAAACGAUGUUCUCAACUUCGCAGUUCGCUCCUUGGUCCCCAAUGGCCGUUUGUCAAUGUGGAUGCCCACAACAAAUGAUGAGAAAACCGAGUUCCCUGUUCCCAUGCAUGAGAAUCUCGAGAUUAUCAGUAUCUCUGUUCAGAAUUUCAACACUUGGGCUCGCCGACUUAUAACCUACCGCCGUCUACCCGAGGGAGAAUUGUCGGAUAUCUCACUGGCCCGGAAAAAUAUUGACGACCAAGGUACUAGUGCAGAUGCUCUCAAUGCAUUCCGACGAGUGCAUAUGCUCCCAGGCCACGGCACUAGGGUCGGGAAGGACCAAAAAACGGCCGAAUAA